CUCUAUCUCUCAAUAUAUCUCACACAUCAGACAUCACUCAUAUCUUUAGAUUCACAUUAAUGCUUUUCAACUAAAUCCUCUUCGUUUGAUUCUCCGAUGACGUCCAUCAGUUCCUCCGAUCACCCCCUUCCGGUGAGCAAGAAACGAUUAAAGCCAUUGAUAUUACGAGAUUUCCUUCUCGAUGAUCUCAGCUCUUGCUCAUCCAACGGCUUCAAAUCUUUCCCUCGUCUCCUCAACGCUGAGAUCCAACGGUCAGGAAUGUUCCACCACAAUCGCCGUAUUACCUGCGGAUUAGCGUUUAGUCACGCCGUUCAUAAAGCUUCGACGGCGUUACUCACCGCCGUUAAACUCUUGCCCUUCCCUUCCUCCGUUAAAUCUCAGUCUCGUGAUAGAGAUAACAAGAAAGGACUUUUCUCAAGAAGCUUCUGGAAGAAACUUUCCCGACGUGAACUUAACGUCGACGUCGGAGAGAAGGAACGGAGAACGGAUGAUCGUGAAGAGGAGAUCCAACGGUGUAGAUCAUUCGCGGAGUUUCUUCAAGAGAGUCAAGAUCAACUGUCUGAUCAGAUUUAUUAUAUUUCUCCGACGGAUUUAUUUUCCGGUGAAGCAACAUUGUCAAAGGACGCCGUCGGUGACUCGUCGAGUUUUAGUAGCGAGGACUCGGAAGUGACUCAGUCAUCAAGCGGAGUAAUAGUAGUUAUGAUGAGUGGGGAUUGUGUAGGGUCACAUGUUAGUGACGGAUCGUCUCUCAACGACAACACAGAGAUUUUUCUUCGUGGCUUCGAAAGCGGAUUCUACGGACAAUAUCACUCACUUCCCAACGUCAAUUUGGUCCAUUUAAAAUUCGAAUGCGAGAACGAAGAAAAAGAACAACUCAGUCCAAUAUCGAUAUUAGAUUGCCCAUUCCAAGAUGAUGCAAUUAGUCCUCCAUCGCAUCACAAGGAAACAUAUGAGAAGAAACAGAUGAGAAAAAGAAGAAGAUUAGAGAGUUUGGUACGGCUUGAGCCAGUGGAUUUAGAGAAACGCAUAGAGAAAUAUGAGGAAAGACAAGAUUACAAAUCUCACAUUAUAGAAAUUGAAGAAGAUCAAUCCGAAAUCCGAGCAAACCGUUUGUUUGCUCUAGUGAAGUCUAGAAUAAUCGAGGAACAAAACCAAUUACUGGCAUCUCAUGUAGUAGACAAUGUGUUGCUAGAUUUUUUCAAAGAAAACAAUAAUAAUGAGACAAGAGACGAGGAUAAGUUGGUGGAGAUAGUUGAAGAAUGGGUGAUGAGGAGACAAGACGAUGAAUAUAAUAUGUUCAUGAGUUGGAAAGUGAGCGAGAAAAGAGAGAUUUAUGUGAAGGAAAUGAAAUGGGGUUGUAUCAAUGGGGAUGAGAAAGAGUAUGUGGUCGAAGAGUUGGGGAAUGGUUUCCUCACUUCCUUGGUUGACGAACUUAUCCAUGAUAUAUCCUUGUGAAACUGUUUUCUUUGCCACAUAUGUAUGUAUUAUACUAUAUGCAUUACUAAAUUUAUGAUAUAUAGUGCUAUUAUCUUUGUAAAUGGUAUGACAUAUAUUGUCUGAAUGUUUAAUGAGUAAUGAGAGAUUGAUGAAACAAACAAAAACUUCUAAACUUU